AUGAUUGAGUAACCUGAAGUCGAUAAACCUGCUAGUAAUUAUAACUAUCCUCCUCCAGAUGAAAAUCUGUAAGCAAUAUAAAUAGGAUAACCGAUACAAGCAACUCAUUGGUAGAAUAAUCAAAUGAAUUUUGUUUAAUAAGGGAAUAUUCCAUAAUAUAUACCUGCAAUACCUAUCACUUAAUAUCCAAGCGCUUUAUAAUAUAAGAAUUUUGGAGAAUUUGAUAAAGAAAAUCUACCUCCUUAUUCUUUAAAUAUUAGAUGUCCUGAGUGUGCAGGUAUGAUUUAAACCAAGUUAACUUAUGUUUCUGGAUGUCUUUCUAUUAGUUUAUGUAUAUUAAUGUGUGCUUCUGGAUUAUUUUGUGGUUGUUGUUUAAUACCCUUCUGUAUGAAUUGUUGUAAGCGAUAAGUACAUCAAUGUCCUCUAUGUGAAUCGGUCUUGGGAGAAGUGAAAUGA